AGACGUUUACGCGUAGAGUCCAGCGCACUUUUAUCCUCUAACGCCUCCGGAGGACGGUGACAGAAACCGAGGUCUACAAUCGUCUUGUUGCCAUGGCUUGACCGCGGCUACUCCGAAUAGCCAGCUCUCCAUUCAAGUUAAGAAGAAUUAGAGUUGAGAGUUAUGAUAAACUGACUUUAGUGACCCAAUGGAAAUUAGUAUGGAUAUCCUAUUAAUAAAAAAGAAGCUCAAGCGUCCCACCACCACCUAGCAACAGCUCCUCCUGCCCCUGGAUCUUCUGAUGGGCCCCAGAAGGUACUUGGAGGAAAAUCAAGCUAAGACUUAUCCUCUGAUUUCCUGCCUUGCUGGCCUCACAGCCCUGCUGACCACAUCCUCUGUCACCUUACUUAUAUACUUCCUCACCAGUCACAUCACCCAGGAGUUUUCAGCCCCCAAAACCUGUCACUGACCCCCAUCCAGGCCCUCUGCUUUACCCCCUCCUCUCACCCCAGGGUUCUUGUCCUUCUCUUCCCCGAAUGCUGCUCUUAGCUCCAUGUCUCUCUGCAUGGAAGUAAGCAGUCCCGUCCCUUUCUGGAUAUCCAACACCCCUUUUUCCCACAGGUGACAAUACUGAACACUAUGUUUUCAGGCCAGUGGUGGCCAAUUACUUGGGGGAGCCUAGGGUUGAGGCCUCGAAACGCUUCUCAGGGGUCCCAGCUCUGUGCCCUCUAUGCCUUCACUUAUACUGCGGCAGAUGGCCGGCAGGUGUCUCUGGCUGAAGGAGACAGAUUCUUACUGCUUCGAAAGACCAACUCAGACUGGUGGUUGGCAAGGCACCUGGGAGCACCCUCCACCUCUCGACCCAUCUUUGUCCCAGCUGCCUACAUGACAGAUGAAUCUAUUCCUCCCCAGACCCCAACCACCAUCACUCCAAGACAAUCCCUCUGGAGUCCUGGGCCAAAGUUGUUUCCUGGCUCAUUGGAGGAGCUGCACCUGUCUCGAGCAACCCCAGGCAGAGCCCAGGCAACAUCUCCGCAGCCUCCUCCUCUUCCCCCUAAAAUGUGUAGGAGUGUCAGUGUUACCAGUUUGAGGCCCACCCUCCUGGAGCCCUUCCAGGAAGGACCAAGUGGAAGAUCUCUCUCCCAGGAAGACUUGCUGACAGAGGCCAAUGCCAACAUGGCAGGACCCCAGCCCCUCAUGUCAGAGGCCCCUGUGUACUGUAACUUGGUGGAUCUUCGCCGCUGUCCUCGGUCCCCACCCCCAAGCCCUGCAUGCCCCCCGCUGCAGAGGCUGGACGCCUGGGAACAGCACCUGGACCACAACUCCGGACGCUGCUUCUACAUAAAUUCGCUGACUGGCUGCAAGUCCUGGAAGCCUCCACGCCGCACUCGCACCAGAGAGACGAACCUUGGCUCCAUGGAGGGGACACAGACCCUGAAUAGGGACAACAGUGUCCUUCAGCCUCAGGCAAAGGGCUCAGAAUCUGACACAGGGACCCCAGAACUGCUCAACCCCCAGGGUUCACCCUGCCUCCGCCCACGCACCUCCCAGCUGGAACCCUCAGACCAGCCUUCAGCCUGGCAGCCUCCUCGGCCACUGCCGCAGGUUCUGGAUGACCCCCAUGAGGUGGAAAAGUCGGGCCCACUCAACGUGACCAAAAUCGCCCAGGGGGGCCGCAAGCUCAGGAAGAACUGGGGCCCGUCUUGGGUGGUGUUAGCCGGUAACAGCCUGGUGUUCUACCGAGAGGCACCGCCUACCGCACCCUCUUCAGCUUGGGGACCAGCGGGUAGCCGACCCGAAAGCAGCGUGGACCUACGCGGGGCGGCCCUGGCCCACGGCCGCCACCUGUCCAGCCGCCGCAACGUCCUGCACAUUCGAACGGUCCCUGGCCAUGAGUUCCUGCUGCAGUCAGACCACGAGACCGAGCUGCGAGCCUGGCACCACGCUCUGCGGGCAGUCAUCGAGCGCUUGGAUCGGGAGAACCCCUUGGAGCUGCGUCUGUCAUGUUCCGGACCCGCGGAGCUGGGAGACCUGAGCGCCGGGGAGGACGAAGAAGAGGAGUCAGAGCCCUUGUCCAAGCCACUGCUACGUUUCGGUGCCCGCAGGAGCUCCAGUCGUUGUCCGGAAGGAACCGAGCAGAACCGCGUUCGGAAUAAACUAAAGCGGCUUAUCGCAAAGAGACCGCCCUUGCAAAGCUUGCAGGAGCGGGGUCUUCUCCGAGACCAGGUGUUCGGCUGCCAGUUGGAAUCACUGUGCCAGAGGGAAGGGGACACUGUGCCAAGCUUUGUGCGGCUCUGCGUUGCUGCUGUGGAUAAGAGAGGUCUAGAUGUGGAUGGCAUUUACCGGGUGAGUGGGAACUUGGCAGUGGUCCAGAAACUUCGAUUCCUCGUGGACAGAGAGCGGGCAGUCACCUCCGAUGGGAGGUAUGUCUUCCCAGAACAACCAGGACAAGAAGGCCGGUUAGAUUUGGACAGUGCUGAGUGGGAUGACAUUCAUGUAGUCACUGGAGCCCUGAAGCUUUUUCUCAGGGAGUUACCCCAGCCUCUGGUCCCCUCACUGCUGCUGCCUGAUUUUCGUGCUGCCCUUGCACUCUCCGAAUCAGAGCAGCGCCUGUCUCAAAUACGAGAAUUAAUAGUCUCAAUGCCAAAGCCCAACCAUGACACUCUGCGGUACCUCCUGGAGCAUUUGUGCAGGGUGAUAACACACUCAGAUAAAAACCGCAUGACCCCCCACAACCUGGGAAUUGUGUUUGGACCAACCCUGUUUCGGCCUGAGCAGGAGACAUCUGAUCCGGCGGCCCAUGCUCUCUACCCUGGGCAGCUAGUCCAGUUGAUGCUCACCGACUUCACUAGCCUCUUCCCCUGACUGGGCCAAGGAAGAAGAGGAAAUGCAUUUCCAGUGGUCUCUGUUGGGUACCCUUUGGUGGUAUGGUGUUAGAGGGCUGUUCUGAGGACAUCCCGUGUCUCCCAGAUGACUGUCUCCAUCUUUGUGAGUGUGACCUGAGGGGCUGGGACACAGUGAGGGAGCCUCUCUAAAGAGGAAGAUGGGAGGAUUAACCACUGCUUCUCUUGUUCUAUUGUCACUCCUCCCCAAGAUAACAGCACAUAAAGUAGGGC